UCCGUAAAACCGAAGGGGGAGAAGGGGGGGACAUGCCCUCUCUAUAAAUACCCCCGUGACCCCAAAGACACCACGAUGUCGCCAUGGAACACAUCAUUCUCGUGCAACCGCACGCCAUCCGCAACCCCCGCCCGCAAGCCGGCGUCGUCUCUCCAUGCUGUUGUAUCCCGAGCCCCUCCCGGCCCCUCCCCUGGCUAUUAAAAAAAAAAUGAUGUGCAUGCCAUCUGAUUUCCUCGCUGCAUAUUCAUCUCAUGUUCCAUCUUCCCAUCAAACCUCGCCCUCGCCCUGCCUCGUGCCCGUAUUCGUCACAUCCCGUCCGAAUGCCACCGCAUCCGGCCCCAUCCCGCCGAGACACCUAAAUAAAGGUAGAUAGGACAACCUAGGAGGCGCAAGGUACCUGACUAGCAACCGAAACUCUAAUAUUUACAACAUGCUACAUUAUCCCUCUCCUCCUCCCCGCCCCAGCUAUCAAACUCUUUGUGCGGCCGCUCAAACCCCCCUGUGCUAUCCAUAACUGUCGUGCUCAUCGUAGAUCUCGCUCGUCCGCACCCUACGUACAUGUCUAGCGUUUCUGCGCAAUCCCGUAGACAAAGCGGCCACCCCCAUCCAUCCACGGUCUGGCCCGGCGUCGUAUCAUGUCUCGUACGUCUCGUUGGCGGAACACGUCGUACGGUCAAACUACCUACCAACCUUGUGCCUCGGCACCGAAAGUAGGUUCUUUACCGUCUCCACCCCUCAACCAAAAGAUCCCUUAUUUUUUUCUCUCUUUCGCGCAUCGGGCGGUGGCUCUCCUUCCCUCUCAUCUUUUCUCGUUUUAUCCCCCAACCACCUUCCAAAAACAAACUGGACAUACCGAGACGUCCCCCCCUUCCACCCCU